AAAACCCAAAACCUGAUCAUUUUUUAGACAGAAACAAAACUUGUUCACAGAACCUGCAGAACAUAGAAAACAUAAACAUUGUAAAGUCACAAAUUGUGUUUGAAAUUUAAACAUUGAGUUAAUGAGUUUUGAGAAAGAUAGAGAGAACAAAAAGAUAAGAGUAAUGGUGGAAAAGUGGAAGAAAGGUGUUUUUUUGGUAGGGAAAAAGGGAGGAACUUGUAGUACUCCAUCACCUACAUGGAGAUCACUUGACCCUUCAUCAUGUCAACAAAAUAGCAUUCUUUCAACUUCAACCAUUUCUGCUAGAAAGCUUUGUGCAAAUCUUUGGCAAAUUUAUCAUACCCCUUUUGUUGAAAUGAACAAAUGUGGUGAUACCACUCUCCGCCGUCGCCGCCGCCAGUUAACUCAGCCUCCACUAGAUACCCCUUCUGACCAGGUUACACCAUACAAAUGUGCAGCAACCCCCACAAGCUCCUUAGACUUCAAAGGUAUGAUUGAAGAAUCAAGGUGCAACAUUACAACAUCGACGGAGGAGUUACUUAAUGUACUAAACCGAAUAUGGAGUCUCGAAGAACAGCAUGCAUCAAAUAUAUCAGCAAUGAAAGCCUUAAAAAUGGAACUAGUACGGGAGAAGCAAAUGAACAUGCAGGAAAUCGAGAAGAAAAUGACGAUAGAAAAGUUUGUUAGGAAGGAUAAAGAACGUGAUAGAAUUAAAGACGUUGUACAAUCACUCAAGGAAGAGCUAGAACAUGAGAGAAUGUUGCGAAAGCACUAUGAAAGCUUGCAUCGGAAGCUUGCUAAGGAGCUUUCUGAAGUAAAGUCUUCAUUCUUUGGUUGUUUGAGAAACCUUGAAAGAGAGAGAAAAACACGAAUGCUUUUGGAGAAUUUGUGCAACGAGUUUGCGAAAGGAAUUAGAGAUUAUGAUCAACAAGUACAUUGUCUUAGGAAGAAUUCAAGGAAUGGUUAUGUCAGAGGGAAUAGCGUUGAUCAGUUAAUACUUCAUAUUUCAGAAGCUUGGCUUGACGAGCGCGCACAAAUGAAGCUAGCUCAAUCGGAUAGCAACUUCAUAGAGAGAACUCCAAUUGUUGAAAAGUUAGGUUUUGAUAUAGAAACAUUUCUUCUUGCAAACCGUUCCGGUGAUUUUAGAAAAUAUGGUUACUCUUCGCCGAAUGAGCUCAAGGAAACUUACACUAUGGAUUCCUUUCCACUACAAGAUGCUGCAAGUGCACCUCAAGAUAUGGAUCAGGAAGAUUCCAUUGAUAAUGACUAUUUUAAAACGAAAGAGAUUACCGUUGAAGGACUCCGAAAACUCGGCUCCAGACUGGAAAGAAACAAUGCUACUGAGCUCCAUCGAGGAAAUAAAGGAAGCGAAAGUUCAAUUAGGAAAGAGGUUAUGUCAAAGGAAAUCACUGAGGAUUGUCACUUGCAAGCAAGCAUUGAGAGAAACGUGUCAUGUAAUGACAAUAAUGAGAGCUGCUUUGUGGAGAAGAAAUCAAAUGAAAUGGCAGAAGACAACAUAAAACCGUGGAAAUCAAUGUUGAUUGCUUCAGAUUUCGACAAAACUGAGUCUUCUACCAAAUUGCCAAAGGGAGUAAAAGAAAACACAUUGUUGGCAAAACUACUUGAAGCAAGACUAGAAAGACAGAAAACUAGGUCCAAAGGCGAAAAAAGCGUCCAAUCUUGAUUAAUAAGAAAAUAGUUUCUAAUGGAAACAUUGGAAUUUGAAAUAGUUGCAAUGGGUAUUACACUGUGAUCUUUCAUUAAAUUCUAUAAAAACCAUCUUGUACACAAGAAUCCUUUGCUAUCUUCAUAUUAUUAGAUUGAUCCAAGGUCAGAGUUACAUCCAUUGUCUGUUACUGAGGUUUGAUCUCACAAUGCUUAAGGAAAUAACUCUCCAUAACUCUGGUCUAUAUAUCACCCUGUGUUGCAUCUCAAUUAUUUUCCCAUCAUGUUAUAGGUACACAGUUUCCAAAGGUGGAAAAAGCACUUCUUGAUCAAUUAGAAAAGAGUUUCUAAUGGAAAAAUUAACCUAGCUCCGACA